AUGACCCUUCUAUGGUCCUUUGACUCGCGCCGCAGCAGCAUCCACAGCAGCCGCAGCAGCAGUCUCACCAGCAGUCAGAACAACGCCCACUCCAACUCCAACUCCAACUCCAACUCCGACCACCCCAACCAGCCCAACGACAUCAACAUGAACAUGGCCGAAUUGGCCUUUGCCCGGCCACCGUCCGAGUUGCUCGCCGUGCCACGCCCGCUGCCCAUGCCUCUGGCCGGCAUCACCAAGCUGCGCGACCGCCUGUCGUUCAAGCACGCCCGCGCUGCCCUCGCCGAACGCGAGAUCCUCAAGCGCGAGAACCGCUGCAAGCGGCCGCUGACGGCGCGCAAUGUCGAUACUUUUCUCAUUGAGCAGGAUCUCAAUGAUGCGCGCAUUCGCCGGGCGGAUAACCUGCAUGUGUCGCAGUGGCUGCAGCAGCUGCCCUGA